AGAGAUAAGAGUAACAAGAAGCACAAGUUGAGAUUUCUGUAGUCUAAGGAGAGACACACAUCUUAUUACUCCUUAGCCUAAAACAAACAAAGAAAUAUAGUAGUACUCCGUAUAAUUUUAAUUUGAAACUCUUUAUAUUCAGAUUGCAGACUUCACCUAACCCAACCCAACCCAAUAUCUCUCUUUUUAUUUCUCUUCUUCUCCCAAAAAUGGCAAGUUGGGUUCUAUCAGAAUGUGGUCUUAGACCACUACCAAGAAUAUACCCAAAGCCCAGAAUAGGGUUAUCUUCCGUUUCCACCACCAAUUUAAAUCUGAGAAGAAUUUCACCUUCACCUAUACGAACAGAUCGGAAUUGUUGGGCAUUGAGGGUAAGUGCACCGCUUAGGAUCCAAAUUGCCGGAGAAGAAGAGGAACAAACAACAAACAAUGGGGAUGAGUUUUUUGACCCAGGGGCACCACCACCCUUCAAGCUUUCUGAUAUUAAGGCAGCUAUUCCUAAGCAUUGUUGGGUCAAAAAUCCAUGGACAUCCAUGAGUUAUGUUGUUAGAGAUGUAGCUAUUGUGUUUGGGUUAGCGGCUGCUGCUGCUUAUUUCAACAAUUGGCUUGUUUGGCCUCUUUAUUGGUUUGCUCAGAGUACAAUGUUUUGGGCUCUCUUUGUUCUGGGUCAUGAUUGUGGACAUGGAAGCUUUUCAAAUAACCAUAACUUGAAUAGCGUUGCUGGACAUAUCCUUCAUUCUUCAAUUCUUGUUCCUUAUCAUGGAUGGAGAAUAAGUCACAGAACUCAUCAUCAGAACCAUGGACAUGUUGAGAAUGAUGAAUCAUGGCAUCCUUUAUCUGAGAAGCUUUACAAUAGUUUGGAUGAUAUCACAAAGAAAUUUAGGUUCACUCUACCCUUUCCCUUGCUGGCAUAUCCUUUCUAUCUGUGGGGUAGAAGCCCGGGAAAGAAAGGUUCUCACUUUGAUCCAAGCAGUGAUUUGUUUGUCGCAAGUGAAAAGAAAGACGUGAUCACUUCAACUGUAUGCUGGACGGCAAUGGCUGCAUUGCUUGUGGGAUUGUCCUUUGUCAUGGGUCCUCUCCAAGUUCUUAAGCUUUAUGGCAUCCCCUAUUGGGGCUUUGUCAUGUGGCUGGAUAUAGUUACCUAUUUGCAUCACCAUGGCCAUGAAGAUAAAGUUCCUUGGUACAGAGGAGAGGAAUGGAGUUAUCUGAGAGGAGGGCUUACAACGCUUGAUCGUGACUAUGGAUGGAUUAACAACAUCCACCAUGACAUAGGGACUCAUGUGAUACAUCAUCUCUUCCCUCAAAUCCCACACUAUCAUUUGGUAGAAGCAACGGAAGCUGCUAAACCAGUGUUAGGGAAAUAUUAUAAGGAGCCAAAGAAGUCAGGGCCUCUACCAUUUUACUUGUUGGGAUAUCUGAUUAAAAGCAUGAAGGAGGAUCACUUUGUGAGUGACACAGGGAGUGUAGUAUAUUAUCAAACUGAUCCCAACCUUUAUGGGUCUGAGAAAUAGCAAAACCCUGUUAGCUGAUUCUUUUUCACUGACACCAUGGCCAUGCCCCAUCCAUUCAAGUUGGUUGUAUAAGCACUACUGGUUGAGCACAAAGUAAAGUUAGCUACCUGCCAUUAGAGAAGAGCAAGUUUCAAUUAUUGUCUUCAGGACCUUCUCUUGGGUUGGCCAAGAAAGUAUAUUAUCUGUAUUCUGGAUUCUGAAAUGAUUAUUUACAAAAAGAUACUUCAGUCCCA